AUUAAGUAUAUGUUCGUUAUUGAGGCCACAUAUUGAGGUCAGGAGUGCUGCAUUCAACGAAAGACCCCCAACUUCGUUUUAAAAUAUUAUAAAACAAGGACCGAAGAUAUUAUAAUAUAUUUAUUUAUCCAUUUUUUAUAUUUUUACAUGAAUAUUUAUACUUUUUCAUCUAACUUUUUCUCUCUUUGUUUUUAAUUUAUUCAUUCUUCCAUUUUAUGAUCUUUUUCUAUCUUACAUUUGACACUACUUAUUUAUCUCUCUUACGCCUAUUUCCUUUAUAUAUUCUCUCUUUCUAUUUUAUGAUAUUUCCACUCCUUGUCUGUCUCUCUUGAUCUUUCCUGUUCUGUCGAAUCGAACUAGAGUCCCUUCCUGCGAAUUUACGUAGAUAUUUCUAUUUGUGAACGGUUCCAACCUUCAGGAUGCAAGCUAUUAAAUGUGUUGUCGUAGGAGACGGAGCAGUAGGUAAAACAUGUCUCCUUAUAAGCUAUACUACCAAUGCCUUUCCUGGAGAAUAUAUUCCAACUGUAUUUGACAAUUAUUCUGCAAAUGUCAUGGUGGAUGGUAAACCAAUAAAUCUUGGUUUAUGGGAUACAGCAGGUCAAGAAGAUUAUGACAGAUUAAGACCAUUGUCUUAUCCUCAAACAGAUGUUUUUUUGAUCUGCUUUUCUCUCGUUAACCCAGCCAGUUUUGAAAAUGUUCGUGCAAAAUGGUAUCCAGAAGUACGUCAUCAUUGUCCAGCUACUCCAAUUAUUUUAGUAGGAACUAAAUUAGAUUUACGCGAAGAUAAAGAAACAAUUGAGCGAUUAAAAGAUAAAAAACUUGCACCAAUAACAUAUCCUCAGGGUUUAUCCAUGGCAAAAGAAAUUGGUGCUGUAAAAUAUUUAGAAUGUUCGGCUCUUACUCAAAAAGGAUUAAAAACAGUAUUUGAUGAAGCAAUUCGCGCAGUAUUGUGUCCUGUUCUUCAAGUGAAACCAAAACGCAGAUGUUUCCUUCUAUAAUAUUAAAUGUCCAACGACGGUGGAGCAUGUGCAAAUGUACUAUUUUUCCUCCGAUCGGACUUGAUUGCAGCAGGACAUCUAAUUUCUAUUAAAAAAACCCCGUUAUACGGUCCAUCUCUCUACAAAGCAUCUGCCAUAAAAACGCACAAAUCAAUUUAUAUAAUGCGUAUAAACAGAUGAAGAAAGAAUAUACGCAAUUUAAGUGUUUUGGACAUUAGCUAAAUAUUCUUGCGAGAGAAAGAAAGCCAAAUGAGAACAGAACUGAUAAUGUACAGUAUAUUAGAGUGUGUUAUUAAUAUUAGUUAUUACAUAUGAAUUAUAAGAAAUUAAACAUUAUUACAUAUGUGUGUUUAUCAGCACACUAAAUACUAAUCAAUUUAAUAAAAGAGUAAAUCAUUUUAUGUAAAUUUGCACUGUAUAUUUCAAAUGCAAGAAAUAUAAUUACAUUCUCAAAUUUUUGAUAUAAAAAAUAAAAAAAUUGAUUUAUUAUUAAAUAGUAUUAAAAAUUAAUAUAUUAAACAUUUAAUUCUUGAAUAAGUUUUUUUUUAAUUCAUAAUUAAUUGAAAUAUCAUAAAUUGUAAAUUUUAUCUUCUUUCUGCAAAUAUGCAGUUGCAAACAUAUGAAAUGAUUUUCAUUUUUAAUUAAAUUGAUUGAUAUAUACCAUGAAAUAAGAUAAUCAUGUAAGUCUUAGAAAUGAGCGAUAAGUGUGAUUUCACUUCUCUAUCUCUAUUUUCAUGUUGCUGCAAUUUUGCUGUAAUUGAUACGCACAACAUGGUUAAAAAGAAAAAAAUAUGAGAUAGAGAAAAUUAGUAUGUAUGAAUGAAUGUUUAAGAGUGCAGAGAGAAAAAAGAAGGAAUUAUUCUAUAACAAAUAAUUGUACAUAAAUGGUAAAAGUUCAAAUUGUAUUCCUAUCAUUCUUAUUUUACUUGCAUAAGCUGCUGAAUUUAAAUCGGACGUUACUUGUUUUUUAUAUAUAUAUUAUAAAUAUAUAUAAAGUGGGGCUGGACCGAGAUCUAUUUCAAUCGUCGCAGAUCCACUGACCUGUGCAAUCUAUCCGCGGAAUGGGGAUUCAGUCCAUAAAAAAUAUCAUAGAUAUUGUAACUAAUAUGCUUUAUUAAAUGGGUGUUUAUUAAA